AUGAUUUCUCCUCAUAAACGCGCAGUCGGAGGGCUGUCGCCUCGCACCGCCGUCCCAUUGCGGGGACUCUUUCUUGAGGGCGUGUGGAGGUGCAACUGUCCCGAACGCCCACCAGCCGUCAGGCUGCAAACAAAGAACCACGGAGUCAACCAUGGGAGAUGGUUCUACACCUGCCAGAAACCCCAACACAAGCGCUGCAACUUCUUUCUCUGGCAAAGCGACGCAGAAGCGCGGGAGAAACUAGCCGUGCUUUCGAACUCGCGGACUGAGCCGCGCUCGGCGAACAAUACACCUACGAAACCAUCGGCGCAGGGAAGCGGCCUUCUCACGCCACAGACGGACACAAAGGUCCAGGAUGUCCGCGGGAUGAGCGUCAACCGCACGCCAACACCGUCGAAGAGCGGAAAGGCCAGAAUGAUGACGGAGGAUACGGAGGAGUUUAGCUGGGAUGAUUCGUCGGGCGCGGAGGAGCUGAUCAAGUUGCUCGAGCCGCCUCGUCAGCCUGAUUUCGGACAGGAGGGGCCUCGCAAAGCGCCGCGGACCGAGACCUUCACAUCUCCCGGCAAGCGAAAGCUGUCGGACAUAGAAAAUGACGGAAGUGAGAGUACGGCCACGCUUACGCCUACAUCUAUCUUCUCGGCCCGCACGCAGACCCGGUUGCCGCCGGCGUCGGCGGAGGUCUCGAUGACGCCUACGCCGGGCAGGUAUAGAAAUGUGCUGUCUACGGAUGCGCGGGACGAUUCGUCUGAGCUAGGCCUUCAGGCUUUGAAGAUCCUUGAAAGUCACAAGGUGGUUGUGCCGAAACAGGCGCAGGACGAGUUGUUGGCGCUGCUGAACAAGCAUGAUCUGAACACUAAGGGGAUUAUCCGCGGGCGGGACAUCUCACGGAUUGCGCUGAAGAAGAAGGAUGAGACUAUUAUGAAGUUGAAUGAGAGGAUUGCGAGCCUGGAGUCACAGAGGGAAAUGGAUCGAGCUAUCAUUGAUGGGUUGAGGCAACGGUAA